AUGGAUGAGGUCGAACGCAAGGUCAAUUCUGCCUGCUUGUUUCUUCCAGGCGCAAAUCCGACUAACUCCAGUGCUUGGAGCCACACUGUCGGUAACAACAGUUCGAAUACCAGAUACAUCGAGGACCCCGUGGCACAGCAACUCACCGAAGACGCUGUACCCAUUGAUCAGCCCGCCAACAAACAGCCUGCUAAGCGCGGUAGCAUCGCAGUACUUUUACAGCAAAGAAUGGAACUUCAUAGGGCCUUGAUGCGUGGCACCGGCUUCUACGACUGCAAAAAUCGUUCUUGCGCAUCUUCCGUCCUCACGGAGAGUCUGAGUACUUUUGCCUUCAACAAUUGUGCUCCUGUGCACCCCCUACCUUUUGUCAACUUUCUGGACUUCAAAGAUGAGGAGUACGCCACUGCCUUGGUCUCAGAGGCUCUCCCCGCCGACCAAGAGCGCUUCCGGGCGUACAUGACGCACCGGCCUUUGGGACUCGGGAUCAUCACAGCUGGUCCCGGUUUUGGCAAAACGACAGCACUCGCUGCUGCUACACUGAUGAUGGGCGCAAAAUGCGGCAAAGUCCUCUGCUCCGGUCCGUCUAACGUUUCAGUGGACAACUUCGCCGAGCGCAUCGAUCGCACCAGCCACACCGUCACCGCACGCUUCAACAAGGGUAGGCCGGAUGGCGAUCCCUCUCGUCGUCGCCGCCAGCUCGUUGUCCGCGGCUACAGGGCUCAGGACGAGUUCAGGGCUUUCCUUCACCUGGUGAAGGACCCCUCGGAAUCAGACACAUCUUUCCUCAGCCGGGGCUGGUCCAUCACGCCGUGGAAGCUGCGCUACUCUGCAGCAUACUGGCUACUCAUUGUGAUGCGUUCCCCCGCUUCCUUCCUUCAAGGCCAGGAUCUUGACGCCGAUGACAGCAAGGCUCUGCACGAAUUGCGCCAUCACAUCGAGCUCCGGGCGGAUCUGAAGAAACUACGUGCCUUGGUAACUGGUGAGACAGCCCUUGAUAAGUACGCAACGCUCAGUCAAGAGGAGGCCAAGAAACUGUCAUCUUUGUUGUGCUCCAUCGUCAGCCGAGCCGACUUCCUGUGCACCACCCCGGCCAGAACGGAGAGGGACAAGCUAUUCAAGUGGUGGAAGGAAAACUCGGCUCGCGCUAUCGCUGUCGAUGAGGCCGCCAACAUGAACCGUGCAGACCUGGCGUGUGUAUGGGGAAAUACCCUUUUGCCUUGCUUUCUCGGCGGUGACCCGAAGCAGCUUCCGCCCACUGUCAUGUCCGACUUUGAAUCAGACACCCUUGGGAACCUUUACAACCGCUUCAAGCGUGAUGGAAGGGUCUCUCCUAUCGAGUACUUCCAGGCGACAGGAUUCCCAAUCUAUCGUCUACUGACGCAACUACGAAUGGCCAAUGGGCUCUACGACUGGAUUGCGGCGAUCAUCUACCCAGAUGUCCCACUGCAGUAUGGACCCAGCUGUGGUGUGCAGAACCCCGCGUUCGAGAACGGCCACAAGCUCGAGGCAUACAUCAGGGAGAAGUAUCCCGACGUCGCGCCGCCACCUGCUGAUAAGCUUUGGCCUGUGUUCAUUCACUGUGGAGGUAGUCGUGUUUUUACAGACACGAUGACAGGCUCGAAGAGAAGUAGAGACCAAGUCAAAGUAGCUCUCAAUUUUGCUCUCGACUUCGUCAAGAUCAAAAAGGUUGAUCCAUCAAGGAUCACCAUCCUUUCCCCCUAUGCCGCCAAUGUCGAGUUAAUCAACCGAUUACUUAAGGGACCUUGUUUUUCCGAUGUACUUCAAAGUAUACCGUGUGCAUCAACCAUCGAUGGUUAUCAAGGACAAGAGAACGAUAUUGUACUGAUCGUCAUCGGAACAACCUUCCCCCGUCCUGGCUGUGGCUUUACGGCAGACCCCCAGCGCCUCAAUGUCAUGUUGACUCGACAAAGAUGCGGACUAGUCAUUGUGGGCGACAUCAAUGUACCGGGUCUUCGAUACCCCGAAGACCCCGUCUUCGCCUAUGUUCAACCCAGGAAGGGCAAUAAAGGCAAAAGGCUCAACUCGGUUGGUAAGGGUGUGAAGGAGAGGGUAAUGGUGGCAAAUGAGAAUGGAGGAAUGAGCUAUGUCUCUGUCACACAGAUGAGAGAUUUUUAUUCCCGGCUCAACAUCAAUAGCCGGGUCGCGCGAGUCGUUGCUUGUGAAAACGACAAGGUCGAGGGCGAGACAGUCGAGGCGUCUUAA